AUGCGGCAUUCCAAACGAACUCACUGUCCUGACUGGGAUAGCAGAGAAAGCUGGGGACAUGAAAGCUACCGUGGAAGUCACAAACGGAAGAGGAGAUCUCACAGUAGUACACAGGAGAAUAGGCAUUGUAAACCACAUCACCAGUUUAAAGAAUCUGAUUGAUGUUCCACUGGGACUGUUUACCCGAUUACUUUCUAAAUUAGCCAGCUGGUUACUUUAAAACAUCAUUAUUUAGAAGCAAGGUCCUUGAAUGAGAGAGAUUAUCGGGACCGGAGAUACAUAGAUGAAUACAGAAAUGACUACUGCGAAGGAUAUGUUCCUAGACAUUAUCACAGAGACAUUGAAAGUGCUUAUCGGAUCCACUGCAGUAAAUCCUCAGUCCGAAGUAGGAGGAGCAGUCCUAAAAGGAAGCGUAAUAGACACUGUUCAAGCCAUCAGUCACGUUCGGUAGGAUUGAUUUCUUUUUUAUUCUGAGUAAAUUCUUAUUUGUGUGUAAAAGCUCUUAAGGAACAUAAAGUUUCUAAAAGUUUGUUGUUUAUAUAAUGCUGUUUGAAAGUAUUAUAUUACUUUUAUCCUUAGAGGAAAUUUCCACAUUUUUAGAACUGAUCUAUGUAUUUAAUAGCUAGCUCUCACUUGCCCACAUUUACUCAAAUUCUGCAGACCAGACCAUGAAUUUAUCUAUUAUAAUAAAAGUAUUUUGUAUUUAUAUAUUUGUGUAAAAAAUGAAGUACCCAUCUUUUCUUUCAACUUAAAUACAUUUUUUUUACUUUGAAAGAAAUCUCUUUUCUGAUGCUUAGUAACAAAUAUGUGAGGUUGCACUGUCAGAUAUUAAAUGUUGUGUAUAUAUACCAUAGUAUUACAAUAUAGUGCAUCAUUGUAAAUAGCUAUUGUGUUGAAAUUGUAAAAAUGGAUGCUAAGAAAUGUAAUAGAGACAGCCUUAAAAAAAAAAAAAAAACACAUUUUCACGUGUUUAAUCUGUAAACUUGGAAUCAUGGUUUUCUUUCCCAAGUUUUCUUCAGUAAAACUAGCUGUUAGUAGAUUGAUCAUUGAAAUUAACUAGUCUUUGUUUUUCCUUACUUUAAUCAUGUAUAAUUUAAAAUAAUGCUAAAUAUGAAUAAUUUCAACUAAUCUUGACAUUUAAAAACAAUUUUUCUGACAAAACUAGACAUCUCAACUCACAGCAUAUGCUAGUUAUAGCUAGACGUAAGUAAAUCAUGACAUUGCAUUCUUUAAACUUCAGACUUCAAUUAAAUCAGUAUUUUAAAGAGACAAUUGUGUUGUUUUUUUCUAUUGCCACUUUAAGUAUCUUAUCUGAAAAUCUGUUCCUUGCCAUGUUUUUCUUCUGUAACAUAAACUGUGCCCUGUGAAUUUCUGGGGACUGAAUUUGAAAUUGCUCCUGCCAACUGUUCGUGGCCUGGUGCUUAUCUGAAUGCCUGAAUAUCUCCCCGCUGAAUGAAUUGCGUAUUCUGCCCUGAAUUCACUCUGAUAUAUUGAUUGGCUGGACGAUCUUGGUGCUGCCCACUUGCCGUUCCAGAAGAGCCACCGAAGGAAAAGAUCCAGGAGUAUAGAGGAUGAUGAGGAGGGUCACCUGAUCUGUCAAAGUGGAGACGUUCUAAGAGCAAGAUGUAUAGAAUAUUUUUCAACACUUUUUAAACUUUGCAGACAGAAUAAUCUUUUUAAGAGUAGUUUGUCAGCGGGGGGCUAAAGAACUCUUCAUUGCUUUUUUGUUUUGUUUUUUGUGGGUUUGUUUGUUCUUUUGUAUUUCUUCUUUUCUGUAGAAUUUAAAUAUUUCUACUCUAAAAAUUCAAAAUUAAUCAGUGGAAUUUGAAAUUAGAGCAAGAAAGAUAGCUCUAUCUAAUUGUUUUCAUAGCAGCUGAAAAUAAAAUAAUUUGAGUGCUGAAACCUUAGUUAUGCUUUGAUAGAGAUCAUUUGAAAAUAUUCCACACUUAAGCAUUCAUUGUUUGAAUAACUAGACAAUCUGGACACAGGUACUUAAACCUUUUCUCUCCCUCACUUUAGAUGAAAUUGUGGACACUUUGGGUGAAGGGGCCUUUGGCAAAGUUGUGGAGUGCAUUGAUCAUGGCAUGGAUGGCUUACAUGUAGCUGUGAAGAUUGUAAAAAAUGUAGGCCGUUAUCGUGAGGCAGCUCGUUCAGAAAUCCAAGUAUUAGAGCAUUUAAAUAGUACAGAUCCCAAUAGUGUCUUUCGAUGUGUCCAGAUGCUAGAAUGGUUUGAUCAUCAUGGUCAUGUGUGUAUUGUUUUUGAACUGCUGGGACUCAGUACCUAUGACUUCAUUAAGGAAAAUAGCUUUCUGCCAUUUCAAAUUGAUCACAUCAGGCAGAUGGCAUAUCAGAUCUGCCAAUCAAUAAAUUUUUUGCAUCAUAAUAAAUUAACCCAUACAGAUCUGAAACCAGAAAAUAUUUUGUUUGUGAAGUCAGACUAUGUAGUCAAAUAUAAUUCUAAAAUGAAGCGGGAUGAACGCACACUGAAAAACACAGACAUCAAAGUUGUUGACUUUGGAAGUGCAACAUACGAUGAUGAGCAUCACAGCACUCUGGUGUCCACACGGCACUACAGAGCUCCAGAGGUUAUUUUGGCUUUGGGUUGGUCUCAGCCUUGUGAUGUGUGGAGCAUAGGUUGCAUUCUUAUCGAAUACUACCUUGGAUUCACAGUCUUUCAGACUCAUGACAGUAAAGAGCACCUGGCAAUGAUGGAACGUAUAUUAGGACCCAUCCCAAUACACAUGAUUCAGAAAACAAGGAAACACAAGUACUUUCACCAUAACCAGCUAGAUUGGGAUGAGCACAGCUCUGCUGGUAGAUACGUUAGGAGACGUUGCAAACCACUAAAGGAAUUUAUGCUCAGUCAUGAUGAAGAACAUGUGAAGCUGUUUGACCUGGUUCGAAGAAUGUUAGAAUACGAUCCAACUAAAAGAAUUACCUUGGAUGAAGCAUUGCAGCAUCCUUUCUUUGACUUAUUAAAAAAGAAAUGAGAGUCAGUGGUCUUACUAUAUGCUUCUCUAGAAGAGAUUUCUUUAAGACUGUGUCAGUCAACUAAACAUUCUAAUAUUUUUGUAAACAUUAAAUUAUUUUGUACAGUUAAGUGUAAAUACUGUAUGUUUUAUAUAGGUAGUAUAAUUGCCUUGUUAAGCAAGUAUGGGCUUGAUAAUGAAAUAUAAAAGUUAAAAAUAAUUUUUUUCUUUUUGAGAUUGCCAUUUUUAAAGGCUUUUGGAAUAUCUUUGUGUCCAGUGAUACAUGUGACUGAUCUAGUCUUUUGUACAUGGAGGUCAACUUUGAAGUGAUUUUUUUGAGUAAAAGGAAAUCUUGACUACUA